UUCGGUGUGAAAAGCGAGACCGUCAGGUUUGUCUCACUUGACUUGGAGGUAACGUGAUACCUGUAUCUGCUCCAGUCCACUGGGCAGUUCGACCGCGACGGGCGAGCGUCGGUGUAAACGCUCCCUCUCUCUCCCCCCUCUCUCUCCCUCUCCCUCUCUCUCUCUCUCUCUCUCACUCUGACUCUCCGAACGUCGCUGUCGGAGCGCGCAUCCGUCACACGCCGUGGUGUUCGUGCACUGACAUCGAGCGCAUCACGAAAUAACAGAUCUAUAUCUGGACACGGCCAGCUGUCAGCGGCGGAAACCUGAACAGGUGGCCGCUCCACAGUCUUAGCCGAGCGCGUCAAGACGCACGGACUCCUCAGCAGCUCGGGGCCGGCGCUAAUCUUCUGUCUGACGACAGCGUAUUUGCGCCGUGUGCGUAAAAACCAGCAGCAGCAGCAGCUUUGGAAGUGUUGGAUUUGAUCAGUCGUUGGGAUUUGAUGCCGAAGUUGGUUUUGUUGAUAGAAGUGUCUUUGCUGUGAAGCUGCUCUCACUGAGUUAUGGAAACGGACACACACAAAAAAAACCAUGUGUUUCUUUUGGAUGUUAUAACCUCAGUGUUUUGGAUUCUAUAAAACAGCUGUAGAGACUCAGCUCUGACCACUGAGAGAAUGUUGCCAGAAAUCAACAACAAGACGUCACGACCGGAGGCUUUCCCUCACCCUCACAGACUCCCAGCAGAAGGAAACAGGAUUGGAUCAAACCGUCCGUGCUCACAGAAGUUCGGCCCCAGCGUGGGCUCCCUGCCUCAGCUGGAGCCCCCGGUCGUCCAGGUGAUGGUGAGCAAUGCCAAAAACCAGCAUCAGCAGACGGACAACAUUCUGCCCCAGAUUGCCAACAAAGGGGUGCAAAACAACUUUCAGACACACUUGGAUGAGAGGCCAAAGCCCCCCCAGCAGUUUACGAUGCGCUUCGGUACAACAAUGGAUAAAAUGUCAGUCUCACGAAACAGCAGGAUUUUGGGCAACAAGCUGGAGAAGGAGAAGGUGUACGAGGGAAUGAGAUUACCCAUGACUCCCACAGAAGCGCUGAAGAACUUCCCUGAGCGUCUGACGGCGUUCGAACAAGAGGAGAUCAUGGACUACACCGAGAUCUGGUUCCUGGGUCUCGGAUCUCAGAAGAUCGAAGGUUCCCAAGGAGCGCCGCAGAACUCAGGAUAUGAUGAUGAGCACGGAAGCUACAUCAGGGUACUACAUGACCACAUUGGCUACAGGUUCGAGGUCCUUGAAGUGAUUGGGAAAGGCUCCUUCGGGCAGGUCCUAAAAUGUCUGGACCACAAAAACAACGAGCUGGUAGCCAUCAAAAUGAUACGCAAUAAGAAAAGGUUCCACCACCAGGCUUUGGUGGAGCUGAAAAUCCUGGACGUGAUUAAGAGGAAAGACAAAGACAGCCUCCACAACGUGAUCCACAUGAAGGAGUACUUCUACUUCAGGAACCACCUGUGCAUCUCCUUCGAGCUCCUCGGGGUGAACUUGUACGAGCUCAUCAAAAAAAACAACUUCCAGGGCUUCAGUCUGGCUCUCAUCCGUCGCUUCACGCACGCUCUUCUCAGAUGUUUGCAGAUGCUGCACAGAGAGAAGAUCAUCCACUGCGACCUCAAACCGGAGAACAUCCUCCUGUCUCAGAGAGGACCAGGAAACAUCAAGGUUGUGGAUUUUGGGUCCAGCUGCUACGAGCAGCAGAGAGUGUACACCUACAUCCAGAGUCGAUUCUACCGCUCCCCAGAGGUCAUCCUGGGUCACAACUACAACAUGGCUAUUGACAUGUGGAGUCUGGGCUGCAUCCUGGCUGAGCUCUACACAGGAUACCCGCUGUUUCCUGGAGAGAGCGAGGUGGAGCAGAUAGCCUGCAUUAUGGAGGUUCUUGGUAUGCCUCCAACUGACUUCAUUCAGUCAGCGUCCAGGAAGAGGUUGUUCUUUGAUUCCAAAGGGAACCCCAGAAACAUCACCAACAGCAAAGGGAAGAAGCGGCGGCCGAACUCCAAGGAGCUGUCAGAGGCUCUGAAAACCACCGACGCUCUGUUCUUGGACUUCAUCAAACGCUGCCUUGCGUGGGAUCCAACCAAGCGCAUGACUCCAGACGAGGGUUUGAACCACGCAUGGAUCCUGGAAGGAAAUUUCAACAAAGUCCGGCCAAGAACCAGACCCGUGGUGAAAAAGACCACCGACGGUUACAGCAGCGCAGACAGACAAACCAACGGGAAGUCUGCGGAGAAGGUCGGCUCGGAGAGCAGCAGUGACGACAAGCUGAAGAGAGACAGCUCAGAAACCGGGACGAACACGGCAACGUCGGAACGCCUGCGGCCGAUUGGCGCUUCGGCCGAAGAGGACGUGUGCGAAGGUGACGGAAAAGUCUCCACGGAAACCAAGCAGCAGGGAGGAGGUGAGAGGCCCGUUCACAUCAUCAUCAAACCCCAGGAGGACGUGGGCAUGGAGAGAGACGACAGCCAGGAACCGUCUCGGUGUUUGCCACCUAUCAUGUAACGUCCACUGGAACAUUUUGCAGUUGACGGACGUUCAGACUCCAUGUCCACCCCUCCCUCGACCCUCCACCUGAGGGACUGAGCUCCUGCGGGAGAGGGGGGGAGCAGGAGAAGGACUGAGACAGAGUUUAAUCUAUUUGACAUUUGACACAUUCACUCUGACUUAGUAUCUUAGGGUAGGCAUGUACAAACUAUUCCUCAACGGGGCGCUGUAGCUGCAGGUUUUUGUUCCAACCAACCGAGAGCUCACAGUUCGACCAAUCAGUUGUCUGAAGACUGAGAUCACGGGAUCAAAUGUGAUUAAACGUCAGGUGUGCUACUGCUUGGUUGGAACAAAGACCUGCAGCCACAGCGCCCCUUUGUGGAACAGUUUGGGCAAGCCUGUCUUAGGGAUUUGACUCAGACCCAACUGGAACGUUUCAGAAUGACUUAGAUUCAGACUUAAAAACCACGUGAACUGCCCCGGGAUUCAACUCAAACCUCACGUGACUUUGACCCAAACUCUUCUGUGACCUUGGACCUUGGUCCUCUUAGGUCAGACUGAAUUUGACCCCGGGCGACUUAGCUUUGACUUUCCCCUCUCUGACUCAACACUGGAGUUACACUGGGCUCGAACUCCUCCCACGACCAACUCCUCAAACAAACAGAACUUGAAGGAUUCAAGUAAUGUUUAAGGAGCCCACAGGUAAGAGGACAGUCCAAAUUGGAUGUGGCCCACAUUGAGUGGUUCAGUUCCACGUUGCAUAGACAGAAUAAUAGCAGCUGCUGGGGACAGUGACGAUCAACGAAGAUCGGUUUUGUGUACAUUGUUUUAAAGAGUUUUUUUUUCCUUUUUUUUAAAUUCAGUUAAAUGUUAAGUGUGCGACAUGGAUGUCAAUCAAAUCAUGGCGGCAUGACGGAUGCUAGCCAAAUCAGGACGCUUUUGGAGAGUCCAGAGUCAAACUCAAGACAAAGAAGCUUCCAAAGACUGAUUUUGAAAGGCAUAAAAAAGACUUAACUCCAAAAAGACUUUGGAGUUAAGUCUUUUUUUUUUAAAUAAAAUAUCUUUACACAGUACCUGUAUCCUUGGC